AGGCUCUCGGCAGCUGGAGAUUGGGGGGGGGGGGCACGCGUCUUAGUCCCAGAUGAUCGGUCACGCCUUUGGUUCCCCACCCCCCACCCCCAGCAGCUGGAGCGUCCACGCAGCUGGUCCUCUCCUGGUGGUUUCUCCAGAGGCCGCAGGAGAAAGAACAGCACCUGAAGGAGGAGGAGGAGGCGCCUCUGCUGGGAAAGCAGAAGGUGGAGGAGGACCAGGAGGAGCACAAGUGCUGUCACCCCGAGGAAGUGAAGAUGGAGCAGGAAGAGCAUCUUGAGAAGGUCCUGCAGGCCUGUGAGGGGGUGGAACAGCUGGAGGUGGCGAAGCAGCAGCAGCAGGCUCAGCUGGAGGAGGAGCCGGAGGAGGAGGAAGAGGGAAGGAAGCAGGAGCAGGUGCAAAAGGAGGAGAACGAGGAGGAAGAAGAAAAGAAGGAGGAGGAGAAGAAAGAGGAGCUUCUGCAGAAGGGGGCCGAGGCCCAAGGGACUGGGGAGCCGCAGGAGCAGCAGCCGGCCCUUGAGGGGGACCAGGAGAGACGGCAGGGCAAGUGGGUGCGGCAAGAGAAGGAGAGAUUACUGAGUGAACCAGAGGAGAAAAGGAGGAAGGAGGAUUUUCAGCACCAGGAGCAGAAGGAGCUGACGGAGGAGCAGGUGAAGGCCAAGGACAUUGCAGCUGCUGCCGGGGACUCCAAGGGGGGCCCCAAGAUCAAUCCGGACAACUACGGGCUGGAUCUGAAUAGUGAGAACUCCACAAAUGAUAAGUCCCGGGCCGAAAAGCGUGUUCCUGUUUUGUUCGAAGUGCCCCAGCUCAGCCCAGAGCUCAUCAGGCAGUUGUGCCAGCCUCUUCCACCGAACCCAUACUUUGAGAGCUUCCGAAGUCGAAGGGCCCAGGACGUAUUCAACAAGAGUAAACUGCAGGAUCAAACACCUAAAACAACUCCAAAAGACUCAUAAUUGAAGCAGACUGUUGACAGUUUUGUUGUGUUUUGGUUUGUGUUUUCUUUCUCAUGUUUCCUCCCAUUCAUUCUAAUUCUUCUAUACAAUGUGACUAAUGUGAAAAUCUGUUUAAUAAGAAUGUAUCUGAGAGCCUACAUAGGAUUGCUCACCAUGUUGGGGAGGUGGUAGAAAAGGGAGGCGGAGAAAAAUUAAACCUUACUGAAGUUGUCAACCUGAAAGUUUGGUUAAAGUAGGCAGACAAGCUAGGUUAUAUGUAAAUUCAUGAUGUUUAUUCCCUUAAAGCUAGCAAAGCUUACUUGUACAUAGAAGGAGCCAGAGCUUAAGUUCUGACUGUCUGAACAAAGGAAUGAGAAGGUUUAAAUACAUUUUUUGUCUCAACUCA